AUGGCUGCAACAGAAGAGAACAGUGCACUCUUCCCAAUUUUUAUCUUAACUAUAAUGGCUCUGCCUUUGGUGCCUUACACAAUAAUCAAGUUAUGUCGUGCGGUCACCAAGAAGGCAACAAGCAUCAACUGUCAGUGUUCUGUUUGCUUCCGUUCAGGGAAGUAUCGCAAAUCCAUGUUUAAACGUGUUUCAAACUUUUCAACAUACAGUAACCUGACUCUUGUAUUGCUUUGGGUCAUCAUGGCAGUUCUUGUUUAUUACAUCAAACACAUUAGCCAAGAGAUUCAAGUAUUUGAGCCAUUUAGUAUUCUUGGAUUGGAAUCUGGAGCUUCGGAUUCAGAAAUAAAGAAGGCAUAUAGGAGACUUUCUAUUCAAUACCAUCCUGAUAAAAAUCCAGAUCCAGAGGCCCACAAAUAUUUUGUGGAAUUCAUAUCAAAAGCUUAUCAGGCUCUAACAGACCCAAUAUCUCGCGAGAACUUUGAAAAAUAUGGACAUCCAGAUGGAAGGCAGGGGCUUCAAAUGGGCAUAGCCCUGCCUCAAUUCCUUCUAAACAUUGAUGGACCAUCUGGCGGAAUACUGUUACUUGGGAUUGUAGGAGUUUGUAUUAUUUUGCCCUUGAUGAUAGCUGUUAUUUAUUUGUCAAGAUCUGCAAAAUAUAGUGGGAAUUAUGUCAUGCAUCAGACAUUGUCUGCAUAUUACUACUUCAUGAAGCCUUCUCUAGCCCCAAGCAAGGUCAUGGAUGUCUUCAUAAAGGCUGCCGAAUACAUGGAAAUUCCAGUGCGUCGGACUGAUGAAGAACCUUUGCAGAAACUCUUUGUGUUGGUGAGGAGCGAGUUGAAUCUGGACCUUAAGAACAUUAAGCAAGAACAAGCUAAGUUUUGGAAGCAGCAUCCUACCUUAGUAAAGACAGAAUUGUUGACUCAAGUGCAAUUGACCCGUGAGUCGGCUGCUCUAUCUCCAUCUUUGCAGCGUGAUUAUAGGCGUGUGCUUGAACUUGCACCUCGCCUUCUUGAAGAGUUAAUGAAAAUGGCAACUGUACCACGCAAUCCACAGGGACAUGGAUGGUUGAGACCUGCGGUUGGGGUGGUUGAGCUAUCUCAAAGUUUUAUUCAGGCAGUUCCACUAAGUGCAAGAAAAGCAGCAGGAGGAUCCAGUGAAGGGUUUGCUCCCUUUCUGCAGCUGCCACACUUCAGUGAAGCUGUUGUCAAAAAAAUUGCGAGAAAGAAAGUGCGCACAUUUCAAGAGCUUCGAGACAUGACAUCACAAGAGCGUGAAGAACUGCUGACUCAAGUUGCUGGGUUCUCUCCUGCUGAAACCCAAGAUGUGGAGAUUGUUCUCGAAAUGAUGCCUUCUAUAACAAUUGAUAUCUCAUGCGAGACUGAAGGUGAAGAGGGAAUACAAGAGGGUGACGUUGUCACGAUGCAUGCUUGGAUCACUCUGAAGCGUGGGAAUGGCUUGAUUGGUGCCCUUCCACAUGCUCCCUAUUUCCCCUUCCAGAAGGAAGAGAACUUCUGGUUGCUGCUUGCAGACCCUGUUUCGAAUGAUGUGUGGAUGUCCCAGAAGGUUAGCUUUAUGGAUGUAGCUACGGCUAUAACUGCUGCAUCCAAAGCAAUUCAAGAGUUAAAGGAGGGGUCAGGCGCUAGCUUGAAGGAGAUCAAUGCAGCUGUUAAAGAAGCAAUUGUGAAAGUGAAGAAUGGCUCAAGACUGGUAAUGGGAAAGUUCCAGGCCCCUGCUGAGGGAAACUACAACCUGACUUCUUACUGCUUGUGUGACUCUUGGAUUGGUUGUGACAAGAAAACUAGCUUGAAGUUGAAAGUUCUGAAGCGUAGCAGGGCAGGAACACGGGGAGGUGCAAUGUUGGAUGAGGGACCAGCCGUGGAGGAUGGAAUUGAGGAAGAGGAGGAGGAAGAAGGAGAUGAUGAUUAUGAGAGUGAAUACAGUGAAGAUGAAGAGGAUGUAAAAGACACCAAGAGAAAAGGAGCUGUGGCCAAUGGCUCUGCUCAUGGCAAGGGCAGUGGAUCAAGCUCAGAUGGUUCAGAUGUUGAGGAAGAUUAAAAGCUUCUUUUUUUUUUCUUUUCUUUUCUUAUUGUUCCUUUUACAUUAAUCUUUUACUUUAAAAGAGAAAGGGGGAGAUGUUGGAAUGAAUUUUGUUACAUUUCUUUUUGAUUAAACCUUUUUGAUAUCCCUGGGCAACCUUAUCAAACAAUAUAUAGGAAC